AUGUUCUUAUUAUUUACAGUGCCGAAUCCCCGUACCCUACAAAUAAUCCGGAAUCUCAAACAAGAUAGUAAAUCUGUUAUACAGAAUGAAAUACCUACGACUUCAACUUCCAUACAAUUCACUGAAAAGGAACAGUUCAUUUUAUCUCCCAAGCCUAACGAUAAUAUUGAAAAUAAAGAUUUAUCUAAUGUUAGUGAAGACUUUUGCUCAGAUGAUAGUGUGAAGGAUCAUGACUAUGUAGAUAUCGAUACACCCUGUUCUACAAAGAGGUCUCUUUUGAAAAAUAAAAACCGAGAAGUUUUUAAAAAUUUGUUGAGUGGAGUAGAUUUAAAUGAAAAACAAUAUGACAAUUUCAGUAACGAUGUUUCCACCAUAAACCAAACAAGUUCACCUAUACCUAUGCCGAUAGCCCCCAUGCAAACAGAAUCUAGUAGCAGCUCAAGCGAUGGAUCUGGUUCAUCCAGCUCAAGCGAUGGAUCUAGUUCCUCAGAUUCCGAGAGUUCAUCAGACGAUGAAUUGAAUAAUGAACGUUUAACAGCAGUGGUUCAGUCUAGGGUAGACAAUAACAUAUUUCCUACAAGAGCUACCUGCAUCGAAGAAGAUAUUUCUCGCAAUGAUUCGAUUGAGCCAGUAGCUUCAACUUCACGUUCUACACCUCCAACUUCUUUAGAACUUACUGCUGAUACCAAUUCUACACAAUUUGGUUGUAACGAUAAUAUCAGCUCGAAUAAAGGAUGGAAAAGAAAAUCUACACCCAAUAACUGGUUGCGUAACAAGGCAAAAAUCCUAAGAAACUCUGAUACUACCAUGGCACUUACUCCUGCUGCAAGAGCUAAGCGAUACCAUGAGAAAAUUAAAAAAGAUCAAGAAAAACUAAAAAUACACAGAGACAAAAAAUCUCACCGCACGAAAUCAUAUUAUAAUAAAAAAAUUAAAGAUCUUACAGAAGAACAGAAAGAAGAGCAAAGAAGGAAGUGGAUAGAACAAAAGAAAAACAGUCACAGAGAAAAAAAGCUGAAAAUAAACCAAACCAUAAUAUUGACGAGCCUUCAACAUCAUCAACUUCAAAGACUGCAUCAACACCUAAUAGUUCCAGAAAUACUGCUAAUACUGUGA